UUGAACCUUUAUCACACCUUUUUCACGCGAGGUUUAUCUUUGUUCGCCGUCACGCUUAAUCAAUAUCAAAAACAGCUUUCGCCACCUCUGCCAACACCCCCCCCCCCCCUCCAACCCCCCUUCUCAAUUUCCAAUUUGCAUGUUUUAUCAAUCUUGUCCCUAAAUUUCCAUACCAAUUUUCUCAAUCUCCAAAUUUCAAGUUUCAAUUUUUUUGAUUUCAUCCAUCGCCACAACUGCCUCUUGAUAAAAUUCCCUAAUUCUCUUCCGGUUUCGAAACUUCUCUCAAAUUAGGGUUCUCAAGCUUUGAUCCAAAUUUACGAAAAUUCCAUCAACAAAACCCUAAUUCACUUCCUACCCAUUUCAAUUCCAAUCAAAACAAGAAAUACCCAUUUCCUCGAUUUCUAAUAAAACAAUCGCCUUAAAAAAUCUCACUCACCCUUCCCAAAAACCCCUCCUGAUUUUCAUUCCCAAUCAACCCAAAAGAAUUGUAAAAAUUCACCAAUUACCCAUUUCAUUUUCGUUGUCAACCAAAAUAACAAUACCCAGAUCGUCAAAAUCUCAAAUUUAUCCUUCCACAGUUGAUGGGCACAAUUAGCUUUCACAGAGAACUCCCUAAACCUUCAACUUCUUCUUCUCCUACUUCUUCUUCAACCUCCUCGACGUCUCGAACCGAGACGGUGAAUGGGUCCCACCAGUUCAAGAUCAAGGGCUACUCCCUUGCCAAGGGCAUGGGAGUGGGCAAAUACAUAGCUUCAGAUACUUUUAUGGUGGGCGGCUAUGAAUGGGCCAUUUAUUUUUACCCGGAUGGCAAGAGUGCUGAAGAUAAUGCUUCCUAUGUUUCGCUUUUUAUUGCUCUGGCUAGUGAAGGAACCGAUGUAAGAGCGCUUUUUGAGUUGACCCUUUUGGACCAGAGUGGGAAAGGUCAUCACAAAGUGCAUAGCCAUUUUGGGAGGAUGCUUGAGAGCGGGCCAUAUACACUUAAGUAUCGUGGGAGCAUGUGGGGUUAUAAACGCUUUUUCAAAAGAACUCUUCUGGAGACAUCAGACUACCUUAAAGAUGAUUGCCUCUCAAUUAGCUGUUGUGUUGGUGUAGUUAAGUCACAUACAGAGGGACCUAAAAUUUAUUCCAUUUUGGUGCCACCUUCUGAUCUUGGUCAUCAUUUUGGGAGGCUAUUAGAAAGUGGAAAGGGAGCUGAUGUGAAAUUUGAAGUUGAAGGGGAAAUAUUUGAUGCCCACAAGUUGGUUCUCGCAGCUCGUUCACCUGUAUUCAGGGCACAACUUUUUGGUCCAUUGAAGGAUCGAAACACACAAUGCAUUAGAGUAGAAGAUAUGGAAGCCCCUGUUUUCAAGGUUCUCCCCCUCUCUUGGCCUAGUCUUAUUUUCACAUUUUUCCUUUCAUCCCUGUUAUCUGGCCUAUUGAGCAAGCUCAUAAUAUUGCUCCAUUUCAUUUACUGGGAUGCCCUACCAGACAUGGAAGAGCUUGUGGGUUCAACCUCUAAAUGUUUUUCUACACACGUGGCUCAGCAUCUGCUUGCAGCUGCUGACCGUUAUGCACUUGAGAGAUUAAGAUUGCUCUGCGAGGCCAAACUUUGUGAGGGUGUUGCAAUAAACACAGUUGCAACUACAUUAGCCUUGGCAGAACAGCACAACUGUUUGCAUUUGAAAGCUGUAUGUCUAAAAUUCAUUGCAUUGCCGGAAAAUUUAAAAGCUGUGAUGCAAACGGAUGGAUUUGAUUAUCUGAAGGAAAGCUGUCCUGGUGUUCUUACUGAACUGCUGCAAUAUGUUGCGAGAAUCGGGGAGCAUUCUGUUAUUGCUUGUGGAUAUGGAAAAGAAACAUCGUUAGAUGGUUGUGAUGUUAAUGACCGGCGGGUGAAACCAAGACUACAGUGAUUUAGGGAAUAACAUAUAGCUCAGCCGUUUUUUUUUUUUUUUUUUCGGAAAUGAACAUAUAGCUCAUCCUAUGAUCAGUAAGAAAACUAAUAAAAGUGAGCUUAGAUAGCAUCAGGCAUUUUUGGGUUGUACUAAUAUUGAUUACUUAUGAAAAAUUUAAGCUCAAUGGCUGAUUUGUUUGUCA